AUGGCUUUUCUCCGACGGCUUUUUGGCUUUUCGGAGAAGAAGAAACCACUGAGGCGGUUUGAGCACGUCAGGCGGGAUGUUGACCCCGAGGAGGCCUGGCUGGUGCUGGGCGAGCUGGGCGAUGGUGCCUUUGGCAAGGUCUUUAAGGCGCAGAACAAGGUGACGGGGAUGUUGGCGGCCGCCAAGGUGAUUGACACCCCGAGCGAGGAGGAGCUGGAGGACUAUGUGGUGGAGAUUGAGAUCUUGGCUUGCUGUGACCACCCCAACAUCACCAAGCUGUUGGAUGCGCUCUACUGGAAUGGGCGGCUCUGGAUCCUGGUGGAGUUUUGUCCCGGAGGGGCCGUGGAUGCAGCAAUUUUGGAGCUGGAGAAAGGGUUGACGGAGGAGCAGAUCCGAGCAGCUUGCAAGCAGCUGCUGCUGGCGCUGCAGUACCUGCAUGGCUGCAAGAUCAUCCACAGGGACGUGAAGGCUGGCAAUGUCCUGCUCACCCUCGACGGGGACGUCAAGCUGGCCGAUUUUGGUGUCUCAGCCAAAAACUCCAGCACCGUCCAGCGCCGGGUGUCCUUUAUCGGCACCCCGUACUGGAUGGCCCCGGAGGUGGUGCAGUGUGAGACGUCCAAGGAGAGCCCCUAUGGCUACAAGGCCGACAUCUGGUCCCUGGGCAUCACGCUGAUCGAGAUGGCCGAGAUGGAGCCACCCCACCAUGAGCUGAACCCCCUCCGGGUGCUGCUGAAGAUCGCCAAGUCCCAGCCGCCCACCCUGCGUCACCCCAAGAGGUGGUCUGAAGACUUCAAGGACUUCCUAAGGAAGUCCUUGGAGAAGAGCCCUGAGGCACGGUGGUCAGCCAGCCAGCUCCUGCAGCACCCCUUCGUGGCGGGCAUCUCCGACAAGCGACCACUCCGGGAGCUGGUGGCCGAAGCCCGGGCUGAUGUGCUGGAGGAAGAUGAUGAUGAGGAAGGUCUGGUCCCCUUGCCUGGGCAGGAGCAUGGAGAGUCCUCCUGCCCCCCAAUGCCAGAGGGUCCCCUGGAGCAUCAGCCUCUGGACACGGUGGGGAGAGUUGGCAAGGAGCCGGGCAUCCUAUCUGAUGUCUGCAUGGUGGCAGAGCCCAGGACGAAGAGAGCAUCUGACUUCUUGAAGCAAAUGAGGAGGAGGUCUGAGCCCGUGGGCUCCAUGAGACUCCCUGCAAAGAGGCCAUCUGAGUUUCUGAAACUGAUGCGGCGCAGGUCGUUUUUUGGAGGAAUGAAGUCCCAAGAAACAGCUAAGGAGGAGCAUGGGGCAAAGCCAAGUGGGUUGGAGAUGAUGGUGCUAGAUGGUCCUCAAGGGACAUCAUCUCCAGCAGAGGCAGGAGGAGAAACUCAAGGGUGUCUGGAGAAGGAGACCAGCCAUCUGGGGACCCCCUGCAAUGCAGCCAAGCUCCCCUUGGGGCCACGGCGGGCAGGAGACCUUGCUGAACUGCAAGAGCUGAAGGCAGAGCAGGCUGGAGCUAAGGUAGAGCCCCGGGAAGAAAGCCAAUGUGCCAACACAUCACCGGUGGCUGAAACACUCACGGAGGGACAGCCUGCAGCCCAACCAAGCCCCAUUUCAGCCCCCAAAAGCAAUGUCAAAAAGGGGUCAAGCCGAGACUCGACUUGUAAUUCACCAGCCCUGCCUGUACUCACGGAUGGGGACUGGUGCAGAGGCUUGGCCAUGGGGCAGCUCGUGGCAGCCCUGGACCUGUGGACUGCAGCGACCAAACCCCAGAGCUUCAAGUCAGUGCCGGAGCAUCAGCACUGGGUUACUCGGUCAUUGGUAGACCUGAAGGUUGAGGUUGGCUCCACUGGGGCUGAAGGUGGCCUUGGGAAGGAUGGCAAUGGAGUAGGGAGGGCACCCAUGGGACCUGAGGGUGCUGGAGAGCUGGGGGAGACUGAGCUGGUGGAGGAGAGGGUGCCAUGGGGUGAAGAAUCGCUGAUGCCCAGUGUGAGAGAGGAGGUUGUAGUGGAGUCCGAUGUGCUCAAGGGGUGGCAGGAGCCCCCGGCCAGAGAGAGGGGCAGCAGGGAGAGAAACUCAGCUGUGUGUGAGCCCAUCCCUGACCCCCUGGACCUGGUUGAGCAGGAGGUGGGGAGGAAUGAGGAGGAAGCGACAGACAACGCUGAAACUGGGGUGGAAACUUCUCCCGAGGAAGCCCCAGUGCCAGCAGAAGUGGAAGCAGAUGUUUCACAGGAACCUGCCUCGCUCCAAAGGAUGGUCAAGAAAACCCGGAGGUUUGUGGUGGAUGGGGAGGAGGUCAGCGUGACAACCGCCAGGACUGUUGGCAAGGCUGCAGCGAGGGAUGAGAUGGUGCGCUCAACUCGGCGCCAGGAGCUCCGUGAGCUGCGAGUGCUGCAGAAGGAAGAGCAGCGAGCUCAGAGCCAGCUGGAGCAGAAGUUUCACCAGCAACGGGAACAGAUGUUCCGUCACAUCGAGCAGGAGAUGACGAGCAAGAAGGAGUUUUAUGACCGGGAGGUGGAGAGCUUGGAGCGGCGCUACCGGCAGCUGAAGGAGCGUCAGGAGCUCGAGUACACAGUGAGGCUGCGUGAUGAGGCCAAGCGCCUUAAGGCACUCCAGGAGAAGGACUGUGUGAGGAGGAUGCAAGAGCUGAAGGGCGAUGGGAGAGAGGAGCAGCGGUUCCUGCAGCAGCAGCAAGAGGAACUCAACACAGCCCUGCAGAGGGUUGUCCAGGAUCACAAGAAGAAGAUAACGUCCAUCGACUGGGAGUGCAUCAGCAAGAUCCAUAGCCUCAGGAGAGCCCGUGAGUCGGUGGUGUGGAGCAUGGAGCAAGGGCACCUGCAGGAGAAGUACCAGCUCUUCAGGCAGCAGGUGAAAGAGCAGCACGCACUGCAGAGGCAGCAGCUCUGCAAGCGCCAUGAGAAGGAGACAGAGAGGAUGAACCGCUUCCACCAGCUCUUGCUGGAGGAUCUGAGGAGCCAGCAGGUGCAGGAGCGUGCUCAGCUGCUGAAAAGCCAGCGCUGCGAUGCCAAAGUCCGCCUGGCCCUCUUCAAGGACAGCCUGAAGAUCCAGGAGGCUAAUGGGGCCAAGCAGAGGGAGAGGGCCAAGCAGUUCGCGCAGCAGGAGGAGAGGCGGCAGCAAGCAGAGGUGCAGCAGCAGCAGGAGCAGCAAGCGCAGCAGUUACAGCGGCUGCAGCAGCAGCAGGCUGAGAGCCUGGCAGAGCUGGAGCAGAUGCAGAGCGAGAAGAUGCAGCUCUUGGCAGAGCAGGAGAAGAGGCAGCUGGGACGGCUGGACCAGGAGCACACCAUGGAGCUCAGUGAGUGGAAGCAACGGCUGGCUGCCCGUAAGGAGAUGCUGGAGGAAGAACUGGAGAACUCGCUGCCGGUGCAGCGGCAAGGUGGACUGCAUGGCACCCACAGCAGAAACAGGAUCACCCGCUUCUUCCACCUCCCCUCCUGA